AAAAAAAAGCGCGGCGCACAGAGAACUAAAACGGACGCUGCUGCACGGCUGUGCGGGUUCACCCGGCGUCCUGGUUUCCUCUUUUCCCCCCCGGAGAUACGAGGCGAGGAGCCGAGAGCAGCGCGCGCGUUCGCUUCGGACGCGGGAGCGGCGCGCGGGAGCGGCGCGCGGCGGUGUUUAUCAUGAGCUGCCCAGAUGUGAUGCGGCCGGUUUAUGGACAUUACGCACCUCACGCACCGGGAGCCUCCGCGUUCGUCGACAGCUUUCCCACUCCCACUUGUGUCAGCAGCAGUCCAUCGUCUCGGCACAGGAACCUAAUGGACGCCUCUGGAUCAGAGGAGGUCCCAGUUUUAGGAGGGAACCCGGUGCCAGGAAGCCUGUCCUCAUCUGCGUACUCCUCGGGCGGACAGAAAGACAAGCAGGUGGGGGAAGCCGAGUACCUGAGUUCCCGAUGCGUCCUUUUCACCUACUACCAAGGGGACAUCGGCAGCGUGGUGGACGAACACUUCUCCAGAGCGCUCAGCUCCUGCACGCCCAUGGAAGGCAAGAGGAGAGCGAGCCAGGCCGUCACAGAACCAACAUCUCCAAACAGUCGGAGAAAUUUCCCUCCAUCCUUUUGGGACAGUAAUUACCCAUCACCUCCCAGUCGACCCCAUUGUGACCCAUCAGGGACUCCAGCGUACUCCGUGGACCCCUACACCCAAGCCCUACAUGCAGGUUUACCUCAUGCCCAUCCUCACGCACACCCCCCUGACUCCUGGGGCUACACACAAAGUCAGGUGUACGGACCCCCGCGGUCCCUCCAUGAACUCUACUCUGCGCCAGGGCUGGAGGCGCACUAUAGUCCCCUGCUCAUGCCUGCUGUCAGGCCACCUCAUCUACCCCACACCCUGCCUGGCCAUUAUGAUGUCGCAAAACUUGAACCUACACCCACAUGGCCUGGCCUGCUACCACCAGGAGACAUGGCACUUGCCCUAAAUAUGGACCCAGGGCUACAGCCUCAUAAGAAAGGGAAGGAGCUCUACUGGUUUUAACGACCAUCUUGAUCAUCGACUCGUCCAAUUAAAGCUCUGGAGAGCUGCAGACCGAGCCAUUGUAACCGAGCUCCUCUCUAUCAGACCCCUUCGGCCUUGCCAGGUUUAUCUGUGCACCAUGGAGAUAAAAAGAGGAUGGAGAAAGAACAGCAGAAAAUGAGAGAGGUCCAGCUCCGUGCAUCUGUCCUUCCCUCUAAUCCUUCCUUUUUUUUUCUUUUUUUUUAUGUCUCCUGUGUUUUUGUUUGUUUUGUCUAACAAAAAGCCCAUCCUACUGCCAGGACAGUCGCUUGACUUGAGAGACUUGAAUAAAAAUAGAGAACGAGGAUGUAUGAAAAGAAUCGAGGAAAGACUGACAAAGAAGACAUGAAGUAACAAACAAGCAUGAAAUAAUUAAAGAUGAUAGCAGGUUAAUUAUGAUAUGUAGUACAGGUCCGUGAUGGGAUUUUCAUAUUCAUCACACUUUUGAUUAUACAGAGAUAAAAAUACUGUAUGUCGCCAAGGGAUGUUUAUGGUUGUUUGUUUUUCUUAUUAAUUAAGUGUACUAUUUUGUUUUAAAUAUUACACUGUAUUGACUGAAUUUGACAUCAUUUGAAGGCCAGUGAUUCGUUGAUGUGUAUGAAUUUAUAAAGUAGUUUCAGUUGGAAAAUUAUGUAUAUAAAAGUAAUUUAAUUAUGUAUGUAAGUAUG